AUGGUAGACCAAAUGAAGCAGAAAUGGCUGUUAGUGCUGAUCAUUUGUCUCUCUGCAACUUUUCUAAUGAUGAGCAUUAAUGGGAAAAGGCUAAUCAGCGAUGACGACUUCAACGAAACAGCUCUGUUAAUGGCGUUCAAGCAACUCUCUGUGAAGUUUGAUCCUAAUAACAUCCUGGGUAACUGGAAAUACGGGUCGGGUCAUGGUUCAUGCUCAUGGCGAGGCGUUUCCUGCUCCGACGAGGGCCGGAUCGUCGGGUUGGACCUCAGAAACGGCGGACUCACUGGAACUCUAAACUUAGUUAACCUCACGGCGUUGCCCAGUCUCCGGAAUCUUUACCUGCAAGGAAAUUACUUCUCUUCCUCAGGAGCUUCGUCUGGUUCUGGCUCCGAUCCUUCCGGUUGUUCUCUUGAGGUUUUGGAUUUGUCUUCUAACACGAUUUCCGACUAUUCAAUGGUUGAUUACGUUUUCUCAACAUGUUCGAAUCUGGUUUCGGUUAAUUUCUCCAACAACAAGCUCGCCGGGAAACUGGGAUUUGCUCCGACGUCGUUUAAGAGUCUGAGGUCCGUUGAUCUCUCGUACAAUAUCUUAUCGGAGGCAAUCCCGGCGAGUUUCAUUGCGGAUUUUCCGGCGUCGCUCAAGUAUCUCGAUCUGACUCACAACAAUUUAUCCGGCGAUUUCUCCAAUCUCAGUUUCGGCAUCUGUGGCAAUCUCAGCUUCUUCAGUCUAUCGCAGAACAACAUUUCCGGCGAUAAAUUCCCAUUUAGUCUACCCAACUGCAAAUACCUCGAGACACUGAACAUCUCUCGGAACAAUCUCGCCGGCAAAAUCCCCGGAGAUGAGUAUUGGGGAAGUUUCCAGAAUCUGAAGCAGCUCUCUCUCGCUCACAACCGUUUCUCCGGCGAAAUUCCACCGGAGCUUUCUCUACUCUGCAAAACUCUAGAGACUCUCGAUCUCUCCGGAAACGCUCUCUCCGGCGAGCUCCCUCCACAAUUCUACGCCUGCGUCUCACUACAGAGCCUUAACCUCGGAAACAACUUCCUCUCCGGCGAUUUCUUAACCACCGUCGUGAGCAAAAUCCCCGGAAUCACUUAUCUCUACGUAGCGUACAACAACAUCUCAGGCUCUGUUCCGAUUUCCCUCACCAACUGCUCUAACCUCCGUGUCCUCGAUCUGAGCUCGAAUGGCUUCACCGGAACUGUACCGUCUGGUUUCUGCUCUCUGCAAAGCUCGCCGCCGGCUCUGGAAAAGCUUCUCAUAGCCAACAAUUACCUCUCAGGAACAGUUCCUAUGGAGCUUGGCAAUUGCAAGAGCUUGAAGACGAUCGAUCUCAGCUUCAAUGCUCUCACCGGUCCGAUUCCAAAUGAGAUAUGGACGUUGCCGAGUCUCUCCGAUUUGGUCAUGUGGGCGAACAAUCUCACCGGAACCAUCCCUGAAGGUGUUUGCGUCAAAGGAGGAAACUUGGAAACUCUCAUCCUCAACAACAAUCUCUUAACCGGUCCAAUCCCUGACUCAAUCUCCAAAUGCACCAACAUGGUUUGGAUCUCUCUCUCCAGCAACCGCCUAACCGGAAAAAUCCCUAACGGAAUCGGCGAUCUCGCCAAGCUAGCAAUCUUGCAGCUGGGGAACAAUUCCUUAUCCGGCAACGUCCCACACCAGCUAGGGAGCUGCAAGAGCCUCAUCUGGCUAGAUCUCAACAGCAACAACCUAACCGGAGACCUCCCUGGUUCGCUAGCUAGCCAGGCCGGUCUAGUAACGCCCGGGAGCGUUUCCGGUAAACAGUUCGCCUUCGUGAGGAACGAAGGCGGAACGGAAUGCAGAGGCGCAGGCGGUUUAGUCGAGUUCGAAGGCAUCCGCGCAGACCGGUUAGAGCGGUUUCCGAUGGUUCAUUCGUGUCCGGCGACACGAAUCUACUCCGGGAUGACAAUGUACACAUUCUCAGCCAACGGAAGCAUGAUCUAUUUCGACGUCUCUUACAAUGCUGUCACCGGUUUCAUACCUCCAAGCUACGGUAACAUGGGCUAUCUCCAGGUACUGAAUUUGGGACAUAACCGGUUAACCGGAACCAUACCGGACAGUCUUGGAGAGUUGAAAGCGAUUGGUGUUCUUGAUCUCUCUCACAACGAUCUUCAAGGUUACUUACCUGGCUCUCUCGGGUCUCUCUCUUUCCUAAGCGAUCUUGACGUCUCUAACAACAACCUCACCGGUCCGAUCCCAUUUGGUGGUCAGCUCACAACGUUCCCUGUCUCAAGAUACGCAAACAACUCUGGCCUUUGCGGUGUUCCUCUGCGCGCAUGCGGCUCAGCUUCUCGGCGUCCCGUUACAUCCCGCGUCCACGUCAAGAAGACAACCGUUGCGACAGCUGUGAUCGCUGGGAUCGCGUUUUCUUUCAUGUGUCUUGUGAUGCUGCUCAUGGCGCUUUACAGGGUGAGGAAAGUUCAGAAGAAGGAAGAGAAGAGGGAGAAGUACAUUGAGAGCCUUCCGACUUCAGGAAGCUGUAGCUGGAAGCUCUCUAGCGUUCCCGAGCCGCUUAGCAUCAACGUGGCCACGUUCGAGAAGCCGUUGAGGAAACUCACGUUCGCGCAUCUUCUUGAAGCCACGAACGGGUUUAGCGCUGAGACUAUGAUCGGUUCUGGUGGGUUUGGAGAAGUCUACAAGGCUCAGCUGCGAGACGGGUCUGUUGUGGCGAUCAAGAAGCUGAUCCGAGUCACGGGGCAAGGCGAUAGAGAGUUCAUGGCUGAGAUGGAGACAAUCGGAAAGAUCAAACACAGAAACCUCGUGCCGCUUUUGGGGUACUGCAAGGUCGGUGAAGAGAGGCUUCUUGUAUACGAGUACAUGAAAUGGGGAAGCUUGGAGACUGUUCUUCACGAGGUUUCGAAGAGAGGUGGGAUCUAUCUGAAUUGGGCAGCGAGGAAGAAGAUUGCGAUUGGAGCUGCGAGAGGGUUAGCGUUUCUGCAUCAUAGCUGCAUUCCUCACAUAAUCCACAGAGACAUGAAGUCGAGCAAUGUUCUUCUUGACGAAGAUUUCGAAGCAAGAGUCUCUGAUUUCGGAAUGGCGAGGCUUGUUAGCGCGUUAGACACGCAUCUGAGCGUGAGCACGCUCGCUGGUACUCCGGGGUACGUUCCGCCGGAGUAUUACCAGAGUUUCCGGUGUACGGCGAAAGGGGAUGUGUACAGCUACGGAGUCAUACUUCUUGAGCUUCUCUCUGGUAAGAAACCGAUUGAUCCAGGGGUGUUUGGAGAAGACAAUAACCUCGUGGGGUGGUCGAAGCAGCUUUACAGAGAGAAAAGAGGAGGUGAGAUUCUUGAUCCGGAGCUUGUAAGUGAGAAAUCAGGGGACGUGGAGCUGUUUCAUUACUUGAAGAUAGCGUCUCAGUGCUUGGAUGACCGACCGUUUAAGCGGCCGACGAUGAUUCAGGUGAUGGCCAUGUUCAAGGAGCUUAAGGCUGAUACAGAGGAAGACGAAAGUCUCGAUGACUUUUCGCUCAAGGAAACUCCGUUGGUCGAGUGA